AUGGAGUAUUUCAUCGACAGUAUCUGCUGGGGAAGAGUCAUCGAAAAAUGCUAUUACCUCCGCCAGGGCGUAUACUGUUUUCUCUCUGAGGUACAUACAUCUGGAGAAACGAGCCAUAUUCGCAAGAUAACCUUCGAGGAUGGCGUGCAAUGGGUUAUUCGGCUUCGUCUUCCAAAUCCCACUACAGGGGAGGAGGACAUCGGUGUCCGGACGUGCUACGAAUCGCUGAAAUAUCUCAGAGAUGAGACGACGGUACCCGUUCCAGAGGCCUAUUAUUGUGACGCCUCGCUGAGCAACGCAAUAGGCGCACCGUAUAUAUUAAUGGACUAUAUACACGGCACGACAGCCGAAAAACUCAGGAAGAACCUGGGAUACCGCGAAAAUGAAUUUGGGUCAGUCGACGAAAAUAUAAACUUCAAAAGAGGCCUUGCUAUGAUACAGGUGGAACUGGCAAGCAAGAAGUUCAACCGUAUAGGCCGCCCUCGCCCAGCUCCCCAGGGAGGGUAUUAUGUCGCAUCUACACCUACAGAGGCAGCCCAUGAUACAAGUGGUGCGUUUUACAGGCGUUUAACCUCAAAUCUCCUCCGCGAGGCAAGGAUGAGUGGCAGAACAGUCGCUCAGGACCUGACGCUUAGUAUCCCAGCUCUAUUUGAACAGCUCAUUGCUCGAUGGUCAACGCACCGAGGCCCCUUUGGCGUGGCACUUACCAGUCUAGGUGCUCAUAAUGUGUUAGUGGACGAAAAUUUCAGGGUUCAGGCCGUUAUUCAUCCCGAAGGGUUGAUGGCAGUACCUCGCGAAAUACAGGCCCAGAUGCCUUUGUCCAUGGGCCUGCAGACUUCCCCUCCUCGCUCCCGUGCGGAAUCAGUGGCACAGAUGACGACUCUAAUGGAGGAGAUGGAGAGAGCCAAGUCAUAUGUGUCUUACCUGAAAGAAGCAGAUCGCAUUAAAUAUGCCGGCGUUAGACGGGAUGCUGAUGACGCUCCUCUGUACACGGCAGUGCUAGGCCCGGCAGCCCUUAUAUAUCAGGGGCUGGUUGAAUUCAAAAACUUCCGGGAAAACGUCGACCGCAGGUGGCUGACUGCCCGUGACUUGUUUGUUCCUGGCCAGAUGUAUUUCCUAAGCAGUUCUAUCAUUUUCAAGGACACGGUGGAUGAGAUUUAA